AUUAGUAUAAUUUUAACUAGUAUUAUUAUAUUAUUAGGAGUUGCUUUUUAUAUUGUCACUGAGCGGAAAGGGUUGGGUAUGGUUCAAUUGCGUCAAGGACCUAAUAAGGUGGGUAUGAAAGGAAUUUUACAACCGAUUUCUGAUGGGGUAAAACUAUUUACUAAAGAGGUGAGUGUUCCUUUUUCGGCGUCUAAGGAAAUAUAUUUUCUAGGACCCUUUAUUUGUUUUUUGUGUGCUUAUGCGAUGUGAUUAAUUUUUCCUACGACGUUUAGGGUUGUAAAUUUUGAAAUGGGUUUUUUAUUCUUUCUUUGUGUUUCUUCAUUUAGGGUGUAUGGAGUGUUUUUGGUUGGUUGGGUUUGUGAUUCUCGGUAUGCGUUCUUAGGGGCUAUGCGGGCUGUUGCGCAAAGUAUUUCGUAUGAGGUGUUUUUGAGUACUUGUCUGUUUUGUCCAUUGGUUUUAGUAGGAAGUUUUGAUUUAAUAAAAAUGCGAGAGUUUUCUUUUUUAGUAUUUUUUAUUGGUCAAGAACUUUUAAUUUUGUGAAUUAUUUCUAUUUUAGCUGAGACAAAUCGAGCUCCUUUUGAUUUUGUUGAGGGAGAGUCGGAACUGGUGGCCGGGUAUAAUGUUGAAUUUGGAGGUAUAGGAUUUUCUUUGUUGGCUUUAGCUGAAUAUAGAAAUAUGUUUUUUAUGAGAAUACUGACGGCGAUUAUUUUCUUUAGAAGAGUUAUGGGUUAUAGCGUGUUAGGAGAUUUAAUAAUAGCUGUGAUUGUAGUAAUGAUUAGAUAUUUUGUUGUAUGGGUUCGUGGAGUUGUGCCUCGAUUUCGAUAUGACUUGUUAAUAAAACUAUGUUGGCAGAUUUUAUUGGUUAUUAGAUUGGCUUUGCUUAUAUUUUAUUCUUGUGUGUUAGUAAGGGUUUAA